GAAUGAUUUCUGCUCAUGUCUCAACACAGGAGCGUCUCCCCUCACGCUGGCUGCUUGGCGGUGACAGUCAUGGACAACAGGCCUGUCCUCAGGAGACGGACUGGUGCUGUCCAACAUGUGCUGCUGGCGGUACUUUACCUGCUCUGCAGCUCCCAGCUUCUGGUGGUGGACGCAAACUCCUGGUGGUCUUUGGGUCUGACCCCGAUCCAGCGGCCUGAAAUGUACAUUAUAGGAGCUCAGCCUCUUUGCAGUCAGCUGACUGGCCUUUCACAGAGUCAGAGGAAGCUGUGCCAGCUGUACCAGGAUCACAUGACCUACAUCGGAGAUGGAGCCAAAACGGGCAUCAAGGAGUGCCAGUACCAGUUCAGACAGAGGAGGUGGAACUGCAGCACGGUGGAUAACACAUCCGUGUUUGGACGGGUCAUGCACAUCGGCUCGAGGGAAGCAGCCUUCACCUAUGCCAUCAGUGCAGCUGGCGUGGUCAACGCCAUCAGCCGGGCGUGCCGUGAGGGCGAGCUCUCCACCUGCGGAUGUAGCCGUGCCGUCCGGCCCCGAGAACUGCCACGUGAUUGGCUGUGGGGUGGCUGCGGCGACAAUGUGCAUUACGGCUACAGAUUUGCCCGUGAGUUUGUCGACGCCCGGGAAAGGGAGAAGAAUUACCUGCGAGGGUCGCAGGAGCACGCCCGGACGCUGAUGAACCUGCACAAUAAUGAAGCAGGGAGGCAGGCAGUCUACAAACUUGCUGAUGUGUCCUGUAAGUGUCACGGAGUCUCCGGCUCCUGCAGCCUGAAAACUUGCUGGCUGCAGCUGGCCGACUUCAGGCGGGUCGGAGAGUUCCUUAAAGAAAAAUACGACAGUGCUGCAGCUAUGAGGAUUGGACGCAAGGGAAAGCUGGAGCUCGUAGACAAGCGCUUCAACAACCCAACACCCGAGGACAUGGUUUACAUCGACCCGAGUCCGGACUACUGCCCCCGAAAUGAGACUACGGGCUCGCUGGGCACGCAGGGGCGGCUCUGCAACAAAACGUCUGAGGGCGUGGACGGCUGCGAGCUGAUGUGCUGCGGCCGAGGGUACGACCAAUUUAAGACCUACAAGCACGAGCGCUGCCACUGCAAGUUCCACUGGUGCUGCUACGUCAAGUGCAAGCGCUGCACGUCACUCGUGGACCAGUUCGUGUGCAAAUAGCACGUCACAGCACACUGGGACAAUGGGAGCAGGGGUUGGAAGCAAAGUGGAGGGAAGACGAGGGUGAACAUUCUGGGUUUUGUUCAGGAUGUGGCACAAGAGUGACUUUCUUAUAAAUGAAAAAUGGCUACAGCACGCGUGUGUGGCUGAUUUUUUUAUUUUUUCCAUUGAUCAUCAAAUGGAUAAGAUGUUCAAAAAACACAAGGAGUGAGCAAAGAAGGAAUAAAAAGAAUGGACCAGUCAGAAGCAGACGAAUCCUUUAAAAGGGGACACUUUGUUUAGUGUGAGAUAAAUAAAUAUAUAUUAAAAUAAACUUUAUAAUUGUUUAUUUUA